CACAAACGUUUGGGACAUCCAAGUCUAUCCAAACUGCAAAAGAUGGUGCCUAGUUUGUCUAGUUUAUCCACAUUAGAUUGUGAGUAGUGUCAACUUGGGAAACACACUCGUGCUACAUUUUCACGUAGUACUGAGGGUCGUUCAGAGUCUAUUUUUUCAUUAAUUCAUCCUGAUAUUUGGGGUCCUAGUAGAGUCAGUUCCACCUUAGGAUUUCGUUAUUUUGUUAGUUUCAUUGAUGAUUAUUCGAGAUGCACUUGGGUUUUCUUAAUGAAAGAUCGUUCUGAGUUAUUUUCUAUAUUCAAAAGUUUCUUUGCUGAAAUACAAAAUCAGUUUGGUGUUUCUAUUCGUACUUUUCGUAGUGAUAAUGCCUUAGAAUACUUAUCAUCCCAGUUUCAGGAGUUUAUGUCUCACCAAGGAAUUAGUCACUAAACAUCUUGUCCAUAUACUCCUCAACAAAAUGGUGUAGCAGAAAGAAAGAAUAGGCAUCUCAUCGAGACUGCUCGCACUCUCCUCAUUGAAUCCCAUGUUCUGCUGCGUUUUUGGGGUGAUGCAGUCCUUUCAUCUUAUUAUUUAAUUAAUAGAAUGCCCUCUUCUUCUAUUCAGAAUCAGGUUCCACAUUCCAUAUUGUUUCCUCAGUCACAUCUCUAUCCUAUCCCCCCUCGUGUCUUUGGGAGCACAUGCUUUGUUCAUAAUUUAGCCCAGGGAAAGAUAAAUUAGCUCCUCGUGCCCUCAAAUGUGUCUUUCUUGGUUACUCUCGAGUUCAAAAAGGGUAUCGUUGUUAUUCACAUGAUCUUCAUCGAUACCUUAUGUCCGCUAAUGUUACAUUUUUUGAGUCUCAGCCUUACUAUACAUCUUCUGAUUAUCCUGAUGUAUCUAUGGUCUUACCUAUACCUCAGGUUUUACCUAUGCCAGCCUUUGAGGAAUCUACGGUUACUUCUACAUCUCCAGUUGUAGUGCCACCACUACUAACUUAUCAUCGCCUUCCACGUCCAGCCCUAGUCCCAGAUGAUUCAUGUCAUGCGCCAGACCCUACUCCUACUGCAGACUUGCCUCCUCCUAGCCAACCACUUGCACUUAAAAAAGGUAUACGAUCCAUUCGAAAUACUAACCCACAUUAUACCUUCUUAAGUUAUCAUCGUCUAUCAUCACCCCAUUAUGCCUUUGUGUCGUCUUUGUCCUCUAUUUCCAUUCCUAAGACUACAGGUGAAGCACUUUCUCAUCCUGGAUGGAGGCAGGUUAUGGUUGAUGAGAUGUCUACUUUGCAUAAGAGUGGUACUUGGGAACUUGUCUCCCUUCCUGCAGUCCUAGUACGAGCUAUCAACGAUGAUCGUUCAUGCCAUCUUUUAUAGCUUUGGGAUAUCGGAAACGAGGGAUGCUGUAAUCUCUAAGAUCACGUCUGCAUCUCAGCUUGUAGAUGAAUCUGGCGAGUCUCCGACAAUUGAUUUUUCGAAGGCUUACAUGGGUGAAGUGGGUGGGGUUAAGAAGGCAUGUAUAUAUGGUCUUGGUUCUCAAGCAGCUUUCUAUGAGAACGUUGGUUCGUCAUCUGCUUCAACUACUCAAUCUCAAGAUUUUGAUUUUGAUACUCGAGUGAAGGAGUACGUUCAAGAAAUGAAGGAGGAGAUGAAGGAUGAGAUGAGAGAAGAUAUGAGAGAAGAAUUGCGUGAAGAAAGAAACACGAAAUGCAUCUAGAAAUGCAAGAGCAAGUUGAUAAGAUUCUCCAAGAACAUUUGCCUAUCCUCAUAGCUGGCUUACCUAAACCACCCCAUGGUACACCACCCUUUGAUACACCAAAUUAGCUUAGACAUGACUCAUCAUCACAUAACAAUAUGGGUCAUUUAAAAUUUCAAAACUAUCUUAGGCAUAUUUUUCUUUGUUUGUUUCCAUAUUUGGAUUUAUUUUGAACUCUUUUUGUUAGGAUUUGCAUUGCUAAUUUCAAGUUAUAACUUGUCAAAGAAUUACCCUUUUUAUUA